AUGAAAUGCCAUCCCCUCCCUUUUAAUUCUUACCUUCUCUCUCUAAUGAAAUAUCAUCCCCUCCCUUUUAAUUCUUACCUUCUCUCUCUAAUGAAAUAUCAUCCCCUCCCUUUUAAUUCUUACCUUAUCUCUAUAAUGAAAUCUCAUUCCCUCUAUUUUUAUUCUUACCUUCUCUCUCUAAUGAAAUGUCAUCCCCUCCCUUUUCAUACCUACCUUCUCUCGCUAAUGAAAUGUCAUCACCUCCCUUUUAAAUCUUACCUUCUCUCUCUAAUGAAAUAUCAUCCCCUCCCUUUUCAUAACUACCUUCUCUCUCUAAUGAAAUGCCAUCCCCUCCCUUUUAAUUCCUACCUUCUCUCUCUAAUGAAAUGUCAUCCCCUCCCUUUUAAUUCUUACCUUCUCUCUCUAAUGAAAUAUCAUCCCCUCCCUUUUAAUUCUUAUCUUCUCUCUCUAAUGAAAUAUCAUCCCCUCCCUUUUAAUUCUUACCUUAUCUCUAUAAUGAAAUCUCAUUCCCUCUAUUUUUAUUCUUACCUUCUCUCUCUAAUGAAAUAUCAUCCCUCCUUUUCAUACCUACCUUCUCUCGCUAAUGAAAUGUCAUCACCUCCCUUUUAA